ACUUAUUGCACAAUAACUAAUGAAGGUAAUGAGAUCAAAGCAGAAACAAAAGGUAAUAAUUCCUGCUUCAUGUGGCCGCGCAAUUUCGAAAAUUGUUGAUUGCCAAUGAGACUUGGUUGUAUAAGAUACCCACAUUUCAUUGCAGGCGAGAUGGGAAGCAGUCCCUCCAAAGACGACCCGCCCAAAAAAAAGGAUGAUCCAGCAAAGCAGUCAUCGAAUAAACCUCGAACACCACCACAAGAGGAUGGAGCAAAUGUUUCCCCUGCAUCUCGACCGCAGACGAGAGGGGACAGUCGUGCAGCCCAACCACAGACGGCAAACAAGAACCCAAGUCGACCACAGACGAGAGGGGACGGUAGUGCAGCCCAACCGCAGACGGAAAACAAGAAUCCAAGUCGACCUCAGUCGAGCCGCCCGCAAACGAGGGGAGGUGACGUCAGCCGCCCGCAGACCCAACCUCGAACAGAUAAUAAGCCUCGGACGCCGCAGGUUCGUGUUGAAGGCAAGAUCGUGACUCCAUCACAGAGUAAGCCAGCUUCACGCCAAAGCACUCGACCGGCGUCCGGUAGAAAGUUGGAAAGCAGUGCGACACAUCGGUCAGGUACGGAACGACCGGCGUCAAUGGCGGAGCGACGACCGAUAGUAUCAUCUGUAGAGCCGAGAGAACAACCCACGAAUGAUGGGCCAGCUGAGUACACCGGCCCGAAUAGACUGCGCCCGACCACACAAGAGAGUAAAGGUGGCGAUUCUAUCAUCCAGGUACAGGCGAUCAACGAGGUGGCCGAGGAUGACAGCUGGGCCGGGAGUGAGGAAAGCGGGUAUAGGUCCACUGGAUUAUCUCAGCCAUCACCAAUGCCGAGUGGAGAUAUUUUAGACUGCACCCCUCCGCAGAAUCCACAGUCGCUUGAGAUGGAUGACGUACUAUCCAACUUCAAGCGGACGUUAUAUGACGAGGAUUACUCGGCCUUGGAGAUCAUGGACGCCAAUGCGUUAUCGACACCGGGACACAUGAAGGACAACCUAAAGUCUCUCGCCCUUCAUCUCGUGCAAGGUUUGACGGAUGAGUUAUCUAAAAUCCGUGUCCUGGCACGGUGGAUCUGUCAUAACGUCGGUGUCGAUGUUGUCUACCUGAACAGUCGGCGAGCCCCCGAUACAUCGCCCGAGGUGGUCGUGGAGAGAGGAGAAGCCGAUGGCCUGGGCUACAGCCUACUCUUCAAGAAACUCUGCGGUUAUGCCUUUAUCGAGUGUGAAAUGCUAAAAGGAAUUGCCAAGAACCAUGCCUACUAUCCGGGCAGGCCCUUCGAGCCUCAAGAUCUGAAUGAUCCAUGUACCCAUGCGUGGAACCGGGUGCGCAUUGGAGAAGACUGGUUUCCGAUGGAUUUGUUCAUGGCUGCUGGAAACAUCGGUGAGAAAAAUGAACACUUUACAUUCGUGAGACACUGGAAUGAGCACUGGUUUCUAUGCGAAGCAGAGGUAUUCGUCUACACCCACCUUCCAAUCAAUAUUGACGGGGAAGUAGACAGAAAGACACAAUGCCUCGACUCGCCCAUGUUAGAUAUUGCUGAAUGGGCACGAACAGUUGCCAAGACGCCCACCUCGUGUGCCUACCGAAUCGAGCCGAUCAGUCAUCUUGACAGCAUCAUCUCUACCACAAGCAACAAGGUCAAAAUUCACCUUCGGUUUAUGCUGCCAUUGUACUUCACGUGUGAACUCCGAGAUUUGGACAAUCAGCAAUAUUUCAACGACUACGUAGCGAUUUCGCCUGUUGACAAUAUCGUGUCUUUCUACAUUCGUCUACCAACCAAUGGACCGUUUUUACUCAAGAUCUUUGCCAAGGUUGUCUAUCCUGGCCAGGCGAUGAACAAGGAAAGGGAGAUGAUGUUCUCGUACGUGAUCAAUGGGAAAAGCUCAAAGGCCUAUGAACCAUUCCCAAAAGGUGUCGCAAUUUGGGGAAUUACCAAGCAAUUUAUUGACGCGGGAUUCAAAGUCCAGGGAUACACCAACACACGAGUCGUAGCUGUUGAUGGUAAAUUUAAGGUAGAAGUCACGACACCAACAACAGGACACUUCCCUAUCGAAUUCUCUUUCACGUAUGGUAAGCAUCCCACCAAAAAUCUUUGGAACUGUGUCUACGCUGAGAGAGUUGAUGAACGGAUCAUCUUCCAUCUUGUCUGCCUCAAGGUCGGGGAAUACCGGCUCUGUAUCAAGGUCAAGUACGACAGCGGGGAGGAGUUCACGGAGGGCUUCAACUACUUAGUCGUCUGUGAGUCUAAGCCUGCUCACUUGAAUGAGACCUACCCAGUUCAUCGAGACGUAUGGGGCCCAACCCGUCAAUUCUACCGCCAAGCCCUGGCUUGCACGGACCAUGCAAGCAGCACUAUCAAAACCAAGGGAGGCACUUGUACUUUGAACGUUGCUGGGGCGGUAAGGGUUGACCUUCAUCACGUCAUUGCAGAGGAGGAUGACGAGCAUGAAUUAGCAGAAUGGGAGAGAUGCGUCUAUGCGAAUGGCCACAGCGACAAUCAUGUCAUGUACGUGAUUAGGCUACCGAAACCAGGGCGCUUCAAACUGAAACUUAUCACUAAAAGCACCGAUCAGUUGGCUAAGGAACCAGUAAAUACUGUCAUGGCGACCUAUCUAAUAGAAUCUGACACUGAAUACAAAGGAACGUUCUUCUAUAAAAUUGACAAGAUCUACGGCCCGACUCCAAAAUUCAAGCAACUCGGACUUAGCAUUGUAGAUAUUCCAGCAUCUUUGAUUUUCUUAGAAAACGGGAUAGGGAAGUUAAAAUGCAUUGCAGGCAAGCCGGUGAAUGUCUACUACAGACUCCAGCAUGAUGAUAUACCCACGAGUGACCUGAAGCGAUUCAUGGUCGGCGAAAGCCGCGGCACAAACAUCAUAUUCCAUAUUGCCUUAGGAAAAGAAGCGGAGUACUUGCUGCAGAUUCUCGCCUGCAAACCUGAGGCUGAACCAACGGAAGAUGAUGUAGUUGCAAACUAUGUAUUGGUGUGUGAGAAGGUUGCGAGUGAUAUUGAGAGAUACGAACCGUUCCAUAACCUCUACGGGCCAACACCGCUGUACGCUAAGAGUGGCAUCAAACGCCUGGAUGGUAAGAUCGCAGUCAUCGAAGCUGAAAAUGGAUACACAGAGCUACGAUUCAAGACAUUCGAUGCCCUCGAAAUAACACAUGCCCUUACAAAGGAAGGCGUGUUGAAGAACAUGUAUUGCUAUGCUGAGCGAUAUGAAGAUGAGAUCAGGUAUUACUUCAGGCUUGUUGAAACUGGAUUCUACCGAUUUACAGCGAAGGUUGAAAGUGGUGCCCUACUGAACUAUCUCAUCCACACAAAGAGCCCUUCGACUGAGACUGAAAUCUAUUUCAAUUACCCUAGGGUCUGGGGGAUGAUUCUUCAUGCGGCUAACUACGGUAUGCACACUGACUACAAAAGUUCUACACUCCGGCCGAAAGAUGGUGAAGUUGCCUUGAGAUUCAAGGUCGAUUUCGGCAUCAUUCCUAUAUUUAAACUUCAUUGCCACGAUAUGAACACAGACAUCAUGCAGAAGCACAUGUUUAGGGAGACAGCUCCUGGAGAAAUCAUGCUCCGUCUGUCACUCCCUAAGGUUGGCAUCUACUUCCUCCAAGUCUAUGUGAGAGAAACCGGGGUAUCCCGAUACACUCCCGGAGCUGACGGACGGGAGUCCGACGAUCACAAGCUCAUUGGUAUCUUCCUAGUAGAUUGUCAAUCCCCAACAUCAGAGCCGUGGAACUUCCCAACCUGGAGUAACAUUUAUGACGGCUGCCAAAUCGUGAGUCCAAAGUCGGAGAGACUGGACGCCCACAUGGCCCACACGUUUCAGCUACGCGUUCCAGAAGCAAAUGAGGUCAAGGUUUGGGACCCCGACUCCGAUUGGAAGGUCAUAUUCGCUAAUUCGGAGGCUAACUUAUGGAAUGUGACUACAAAUGUUGGUGACCCGAAGAUACUUUGGGUGUCCGCGCAGUACAGAGCUGACAGUCAUCUUGCGCAGAAAGGCCACACCAGGGACUUGCUACGUUACAAGGUACAUUACGAUGGACCAUUGGGUAUGCGAGAUGGAGCAGAUAAGUACGGUUUGGUCUUGGUGAACACUUCGCCAGAUGCCAUCAUCCACGCUGAAGAAGGAAGAUGUGAGUUAGUCAUCCGCAUGACCAAACCAGUCAUACUUACCCAUCGACUUCUGAAAGAGGGCAUCGGCGCUGGCGAACUAAGGACUUUCGUUGCAGCAGAAAAGAAGGGCAAUUUAUGCAUCAUCAACCUGAGACUCGGAAGGCUGGGCUACUACCGCUUGAAGCUCUCGGCACGCUUCCCUGACUCACCGAUCCCAGAGGACAUAGCAUAUUUUGUCAUUGAGAACGACCUUGCUGUUGACACUUUCCUCCCAUACGAACCGUACCCAGGAUUGUACGGACCGACGACUGAAUUCGACAGAUACAAUCUGCAGCGAGUCGAGGACGACUCUAACACCAUUACAGCUAAAGACGGACAGUGUAGGAUUCGCCUUGUCAACCCAAUGGAUAUCGCAAUUACACACCACGUUUUCUAUGAAAGCAGGGUGGAGAAUGCUUGCGUGUACGCUGAGAGUAUCACCGUUGGAUUUGAGGUGGUCUACUGGAUUGCGUGUCCGCAUGCUGGCUACUACAGACUCCGAGGCACGAAAGACCAAGAGGAACUUUUCAACUACUUAAUCUAUGCAGACGAGGGCAUGGACACAGCCGGAUACCCGCUGUACCAGGAAAUAUGGGGUCUCAACCUUGGGGCCAAGGACAUGGGCAUAAGAUUGAACCACCCAAGCUCCACGGUUGUCACGAAGGGUGGAGAAGGAGACUUUGAGAUGGUCCUCGACGAUGACACACAUGUCCUUCGGUACAUUUUGGAUGGACCUGAUGUCCUGGAUGGUGGAACAGAGUUCUUGUUUGAGGAGCGGAAUGCGUUCAAGCGAGUCGUUAGAGUCGCUGUGCCAAGACAGGGAAUAUUUCAGCUCAAAAUCUACAACCAGAGAUCAACAGAUGAGGAAUCAUUUGCGCCACUGGGCGCCAUGUUGGUGACAGCAGAGGAGCCGCCCGAAAAGCCGAUCACAUUUCCAAUCUGGAACAACUUUUACAACGCCUGCGAGUUGAUAAGCCCAAAACAGGCUCGCAUCCGUCCGUUCACCGUUGCCUUUUUCAAGCUCCACGUACCUGGGGCUUCAGCUGUUUCCAUCGCUAGUGACAACGGAUCUAACUGGAGGUUGAACUUGGAGCUUGCUGGCGCCGGUGUCUUCCAGGGCCAGGCGAAUGUUGGUGAACCUAAAACCAUCACAGCCACAGCAUUCUUCCCUGAGAAGAAUAACGCAUUCGCGAAGGAUGGGAGGAGAGAUUUGCUAAAGUAUCCAAUACAGUAUGACGACACGCCAGCAACCACAUAUGAAUUUGAUGCUUUAGGUUUAUCGCUUGUUUUAGAGAGAAGACUGAAGACAAACGUCUUGCACACGAUCAAUGGAAAAGUUAGCAUUCACAUCAGAAUGGAUCAUGACGUCAGAUUGUAUCAUCACUUGACACAAGAUGGAGCCGAAGGUAAACCGUUGAAGACGUCUGUGAUUGGUGAACGGAUAGGUGACAUGGUAACAUAUCAUAUAUCGUUACCGACAACAGGGAGGUAUCACUUCCAGUUAUCUGGGAUGGAAAUGAACGAGGAUUUGCCACAGGAUCUUGUCAACUUCCAGGUGGUGUGCGAAGAGCCACAGGACCCCUUUAUACCAUAUGAACCGUACUUAGAUCUCUAUGGAAAUACGGCUGCCUACGUCAGCAGUGGCCUCCAGCGACAAGAUGAGGAAGGUAACCUUAUGAUCGUGGACAGUGCCUGUGAACUCACCUUCAAAAUGAAGAAGAAACUUGCUCUGACGCAUGGAUGUUAUUAUCAAGAAAAUCAUGCGUUAGUUUGCGUAUACGCUGAGAACUUAGAGCCGGACACUGUCGUCUACCAUUUCAAUUUCCCGAAGGAGGGAUACUACAGAUUUACCGUUACGAACGGGGAUGUCAGGUUAUUCAGUUACAUGCUCCGAUGUGACACAGCGCAUAUGAACUUUGUACCCUACCCGGAGGUUGACACCAUUUGGGGAUUGAACAGCAUGGCUAAGGCAUUGUUGGUCAAGACGCAGCAAAAGAGCUCGACGCUUACUAGCAAAAAUGGCCGCGGUGAAGUUGCUUUCCAAUAUCCACAGAAGACGAAAGUCUGGUUCUCCUUAGAAGGGAAAAACCUAAGGCCAACAGAGGCUCUGCAUCAGGUGAAGGUCGAAACUAAACUAGGGGAGAAGCGAGUUAAGCUGUCCUUCCCAAAGAUUGGCCGCUACAAGUUGAUGGCUUACGGCAUGGAACGUGCAAAGCAGGAAGGGAAAAAAGGACGCAGGGAAACCCAGGCCGCUCUGAGCGAUGUUUCCAAAGAUGGCGUAGUCGUUGGUGUUUUUCUCAUUGACUGUUACGAGGCUACGACAGACGAGACCUUCAAAGAACUCAUCAAGGCUCUCGGCAUGUACAACCCAGAUGCUCUCAUGCUGACCAUGGAAGACAUCACUGCCGCCUAUAAAGUGACAAAGGAGAGUUCUAUUUGUUUGAGGACACCCAUAAUCAACCAUUGUCAAAAGCUCUUUGAAAUCGAUGAAGGAGUCGACCUAUACCUGAAGAUGGAGAACUUUCAGAAGACAGGUUCAUUCAAAGUUAGAGGUCUUGCCAACCAACUGCACAAAAUCCCUGAACAAGUCGGAGGAGACGAACGGAAGUUGAUCACCAUGUCUGCAGGAAACUACGGAAAGGCCUUUGCCUAUGCUACCGGUCAACUAGGACUCAAGGCUGUUGUUCUAAUGCCGGAAUCUGCCCCUGUCAACCGAGCGGAGGUGAUACAAAGCUAUGGUGUACCAGUAGAGAGGCUAGCCACACCAGAACUACAGCCAACAGUAGAUGAUUAUGUGAAAGAGAGAGGCAUGUUUUACCUUCAUCCAUUUGAUGACACGAAUCUCAUAGCUGGCCAUGCAAGUGUUGGUCUUGAAAUCCUGGAAGACUUGCCUGACCCAGACGUUGUCAUCGUGUGCUGUGGUGGUGGCGGUCUGCUGGCUGGUGUCGCAUCUGCCAUCAAACUCAGUGGCAAUACAGACUGCCGCAUUUAUGGAGUUGAACCAGAAGGAGCUCCAACAAUGCAUGAAAGUUUCAAGGAAGGCUAUCCUGUCUCAAUACCAACUGUGAAGUCAAUAGCAGCCGGUCUUGCUCCACCUUAUGCAGGGUCAAAUGCCUUCAGACACUGCCAGGCUUUCGUCGAUGAAAUCAUCCUCAUUUCUGAUGAAGAACUUCUGGAAAACGUGUAUACUUUGUUUAGUCACGGUCUGGUUGUCGAACCGUCUGGUGCCGCUGCAUUCACUGCACUCAAGACGGGAAAGAUUCCUGACAUCGUUGGCAAGAAAGUGGUGGUCGUGAUCACGGGCGGGAAUGUGACGGAGAGGGAGUUGGCUAAUUUCAUGACCAAGAGAAUGGAGGCCAGGGAUAAGAAAAAUCACGCGGAACGCCCGAUGACGACAUUAGAUCCAGUGCGGCCACAGACGACAACAGACUUGAAGGGCAAUUCAUUAGCUGCUUUGGCCCAAGAGACUGGUCGAUCACUGUCCAAUGUCAAGCAGGCUAAGAAAUCGCAGGGGUCGGACAAGCAAGUGCAAAACGAUAAGAACUUAAACGAGAAGGAAAAACGAGCAAUGUCGGCGAGGAAUGAGAACGUGAAUGAGGACAAAAUAAUUCAUAACAAACAAAGUGUAAAACGAGAAAGUAGUCAUUUGGUAGGGACUGAGGGUGAGAAAAAGAAGGAUGCUCUUGCUGGGAGUCAUAAUGCUCCCGUGGUGGUGUCGGAAAAGCGGUUGAAGAAUUCACAUGAGGAGAAAAAAGGUAAACCCGAGAAGGAUGAGGAUUCUACAGCUGAGGAUUCCAAUAAUGAUACAAAUGGUUCUGGAGAUCAGAAUGGUUCUGUGGAUGUUGGGGUGAAGUCAACUUCUGCUGAGGAUAAGGAAGAAAUAGAUUCUAAAGAUGACACCAUGUCCCAAAAAGGAGGAAAAAGUGACCAGGGCGACCAAUCUAGUCAAAGCGGCUCUGCUAAGGUGAAGGAGGAUACGGCUAGCCAGCAGGGCUCUGCUGAUGCGAAGGAAGGUAUGGCUAGUCAAAGAGGCUCUGCCAUGGUAAAAGAAGAUACGGCAAGUCAAAGAGGAUCUGCCAAGGUGAAGGAAGAUGUGGCAAGUCAAAGAGGCUCUGCCAAGGUGUGGGAAGAUACAGCUAGUCAAAGAGGCUCUGCCAAGGUGAGGGAAGAUGCAACAAGUCAAAGAGGCUCUGCUAAGCUGAAGGAAGAUGUGGCAAGUCAAAGAGGCUCAGCCAAGGUGAGGGAAGAUACAGCUAGUCAAAGAGGCUCUGCAGCGGUGAAGGAAGAUGCAACAAGUCAAAGAGGGUCUGCUGAUGUGAAGGAAGAUAUGGUAAGUGAAAGAGGCUCAGCCAAGGUGAGGGAAGAUAUGGCAAGUCAGAGAGGCUCUGCCAAGGUGAGGGAAGAUGCGACUAGUCAAAGAGGGUCUGCCAAGGUGAGGGAAAAUAUGGAUGCGACAUCAUCAAAAAAUGCAACUGAAUCCAAUCUAGCUCAGUCUGGUGAAGAACAGAGUGAGCGCAAACAGUCUGCUGCAUCUUUGAGCGCGUCUGCUACUGGGGGUGGUGAUGCUAAACCUGUGGCAUCAACUCCUGAUGCUGGGGCCAAUGGUCAACGUGUUACACCUGCUAAAGAACUGAAUGACGAGAUUGCUACGCAAACUGCUCCUGCUCAAAGUACAAAGAGCUCCUCGGCUAAAACGAGGGGUUCAGUUUCUAAGCCAGGAAGUGCUGUAGCCCAAAAUAGCAAACCAGCUUCUGCCAAAUCCAAUGUUUUGGUCGCAAACGGUGAUAGGAAGGCGUCUGUAAAGAGUGGGACCUCAGUCCGAUCUAAUGCCAGUAAAAAGUAAAUGGAGAGAAUAGUCAUGCACUGACGUACAUGUAGGGUAUCGGCAGGGUAAAAAUGCUUUAUGAGGGAUAUUUUGAUGGAGUCGGUGAGAAUGAAAACUAUGCACAGAGACCACUAUUAUAAUCUCCCUCAUGGUCGUUGUAAUGAAUAGUGGAUAGUUAAUUUCGGGAGAUGUAUUGAGUAGUUUGCGUAUCUGUGCCAAAUAUUUGUGUCCUGGGCUCAGCAUGUACAUAUGCAUGUAUUUAUUGUAAAAGUUACUGUCUUGAAAUGAUAUGUUAUAACAUUAUACUGUAAACUCUGUAAUAUUUGCGGCCACUUUAGAUUGUGUGGUCAUGAAAUUGGAACUUUAACCGUGUCUUUACCUUAGUGUUUUGACAACCCUGUGAUAGCUUUCUUUUUCAUGGCCAUGUAUUUGCGUGAUAGACUGUCAUCGGAAAUAUCAGGCACGUAAAUGUUUCCAGGUUUACUGUUAGUUGUAAAUAGUGUGUGUGCCAAAUUCUUGCCUACAUCCUAAAUCAGUAUUUCAUCAUUCUAUAUAUCACCCAGGGCAAUAUAAUGCACCCACAGGACGUAAACCUUCGAUAAAAUUAUCGCUGCGAUGAGCGACGAAAUAUCACUAGCCUAUGGGUAAAACAAUUUAUCACCAGGUCUUGCGUCAGAUCUGUUGUAAGUAAUAGUUGCAUGAUUAUUGCGAUGAUAGUGAAACUUGUCACUAAAGAUUCUUAGUUUUUUAAAACUUAUAGCUCAGAUUUUUAUUUUGAUACUUUACAAUGUGAAUUUUUCAGAAUAUUUAUGUACUGAUAU